CAGGGCGGACAUCCACCACUGUGAUAUUUGCAUGGGGUGCACAACUGCGAUCAAGCUUUUGCGUAUACACAAGUGGGCAACUGUGAAUGAUCUACUCAUUGGCGGCGUCCUGUGACGGUUCACGGCCAACACGAAGCGCACCUCAGCCCUUAAUAAAUGUGAAAUGUGACGACUUGUCUCGCCUGCAUAAUUGGAAAAGCGCGCCGUGCUAUGUUAGUAACAUGCAACGAUUGCAAAUUGUGCAUGUGCUUGUAUCUCAUUUGAGACUCAGAUCGUCCUAACUUUUCUCGAGAGAGAGCAUGCACCUUUUGCACACUACAACCAAGAAAUUAGAGGAAUUUGUAAAUCCUCCAGACUAUGCGAUCCUCUCACAUCGGUGGCGCGAGGAAGAAGUUCUAUUCGCAGAUAUCCAUCAGGAGCAUGCGAAAGGCAUGAAGGGCUAUGCCAAAGUAGAGGGAUGCUGCGAACAAGCGCAGCGUGAUGGGUAUCAAUACAUCUGGAUUGAUACCUGCUGCAUCGACAAAAAUAGCAGCGCGGCGCUCGCAGAAGCAAUCAACUCUAUGUUCAAGUGGUAUGAAGACGCCCAGAUAUGCUACGUCUAUCUAGACGAUGUUACCGACAACGGAGACUCGGAGACCGAAUCUGCAUUUGCGAAAAGCGAAUGGUUCACCAGGGGAUGGACUUUACAAGAACUCCUCGCGCCCACGAGCUUGUUUUUUUUCGAUAGCCGCUGGAGGGAGAUUGGGAGCAAGAACAGCUUAGCUGGGCUUCUCUCGUCCAUUACGAGAGUGCAUGUCGACGUAUUGACUCGCGUAAACGCCGGGUCAGACAAAUUGGCAGCGAGCAGAGAUUCCUUCAGCGUUGCAACCAAAAUGUCAUGGGCUGCCGGGAGGAAGACAACCAGACCAGAAGAUAGAGCCUACUCCCUCAUGGGAAUAUUCAGGGUCCACAUGCCUGUUAUCUACGGAGAGGGGGAGAAAAAGGCUUUCUUUAGGCUGCAACUAGAGAUUAUGCGUACUUCGCAUGACCAGAGCAUAUUUGCAUGGAGCAAUCCUAGCGCAGGUGGUUACAAAAAUGGGACUUGGCCCUUCGCCCUAUACCCUGAUUGCUUUGCCAAGUCAGGCAAUGUGGAAGACGUGCCCUCCGACGAAUGGAUACGUUACAGUCAAUUCAUUGGCCUAGAUGUCCCCAGGCUUGACUUCGCCGCCACCAACGACGGCUUGGAUAUAAGCCUCCCCUUACGACCUCUCGUGAAUGAAUCAGACGAAUUCAUCGCUCUCCUGAGCUGCCGACGUCGCAUAAGCGACCGAGAGUACCGCAACGUCGGUAUUCGUUUACGGCGCUCUGUGGCCAAUGCCGAACGUUACGAAAGGAUAGAUGCUCAUACCCUCGAAGACAUCGUUGACACUCACAAGGAGUUCAAAAUCAAACGAAUACAUAUCUCGUACCCGUUACUAUCAGAUUCAUUCAAUGGCACAUUCUUUAGCAACUCAACUUCGCUCUUCAUCCGACACGUCGGGGUAGAAGAGCAUGGCUUCUCCGUAAUCGAUAUGGAGACGGACCCCUCAUGCGACCUGCAGAUUCACGAUAGUGAUAUUGUCCUGCUAAUGAGAAGACCGAUACUACCACCAAAACCCGUACAAAAUCUCAAAUGUCCACAUCAUCUACCUUGGAAUAUGGAUUCUUCAUGGUUAGCAUCGUUCACCUACCACGACUCAACAACGAAAGAACAGUUCGUCGUCACUGUGGGGAUAUCCUGGUCAGCUCAAGAUCGACUGGACUUCUUCCCUGCUCAAAGCAGGCAAGAAAGUGACAGCGUCCGUGAAGAACGGUGGCCAUGCUUCUGUUGGAAAGAAACGCUCGAUCGUGUUCGACCGGUAUUCAGUCACUAUCACAGUCUAUGGUGACCUGUGACUCGAAAACCGAGGGGAGGUUUGGAUGGUCGGCGAGAUAUGGUCACUCGUGCGAAUCUCAGCACUGGUGACGAAAAGGUGAUGGGUUGUGAAGCGGUGAAUCUAAGAUCACCCUUGAGGGUAGUUUUUAGUAUGUGGGUCCAGGUUAGACCUCAUGCACUCGCGUAGACGACUCUUAUCAUAGGGUUCCUACGUACUUAGUAUGAGUCUAGCAGCCAUAUGAGAUUCGAUUGGGCCAAACGCGGUAAAGCAGUGGUAUUAGGUAGCUCGAUACUGGGACGAAGUUGGUUUUUCAAUUCAAAUUUUGGUCCUUGGCAGAGUGAAGAGAUGGAAA